AUGGAAUUGCUUUCUCAGAUCUCGUUUCCCUAUUAUCAGGAAGAUGAUACAUGUGUCACUCUAAAUAAAUUGAGUUUUACGGAUGAAUUGGACUCCAAAAGAUCUGUGAUUGCCCUAAAUGAGAAAAAACAGGUUGACACAUUUAACACCAUAUACACAAACACACAGCAAAUAGUUCUCCAAUUGGCUUCAUAUAUUGAAAAUCCUGAUGAUGAUGAAAAAUCACAGUUUCCAUUGUUAAUUAAGAUAAGUCCAGAGUUUAAUAAAUUGAAAUUACAUGUUUCCAUCAAACCGGUCGUUGGAUUCGAGUCACGAUCGUUAAUUAUUGUGAAAUCAAGGGGCGUGACAGAUGUUGAUGUCUUGAAAAAUCAGUUGUAUGAUGAUAACACCCAAGAUAAACCCAUGACUGAAUUGUCAAAGUUGGAGUAUAGGAAAUUACCAAUAGAAGAAAAUAACCAUAGUUUCCAAAAAAUAAUAAUUAACGAUUUUUUCGACCCCAAAAUUGUGAAUAAUACCAAAUUGAACAUUUCUUUAUGGGAACAUGAUUCAACGUCCAAUGAGUUUCGUCACUUUCUUAAUUUUAGUGUAUGGAUCGAUAAACUAGCUCCUGUUGAAACGCCGAUAAACCGCUCACUGUUUUCUUUGGCAACAAAGGGCCAACCAUUGGAAGAAAAAUCACCAGAAAGCAAAUUGUUUAGUUUGGGUGAUUUCAGAAAGGAGUUUAAGAUUGAUAUUGAGGAUGGGCCCGAGUUCAGAAAAACAUUGACGCGAUUGGAAAAUAAUAUCCCCUGGGCUAAGAAAAUAUAUUCUAAUUUAGUUGACGAAUUUAGGGUAUUGGAAUCCAACGUUAGGAGGGUGACAACUUCAAAAAUCAAAGUAAUGGAUACUAUAGAUCAGAUUGUUGAUCUUGAAUCUACAUCUUUGUUGAAAGAGUUUGGAUUCAAACUGGAUUUCCACAUAGUAUUUAAAGCCAUGUUUGAGCCAUUUGAAAAGAAUCUCAAUUUCUUUUUUGAGAAUGUUUGUGAUCAUAAACUUUUGAAUAAAAUAUAUGCCAAUAUCGGGUUUACUCAAAUUGAUUCGAGUGCUGUUUAUUUGGAGCUACAAAAGAAAUUUGAAGCAGACUCGAAAGAAUAUUAUAGUUGGCUAAAUAAAUACCUUUCAAAUGAAAAAGAACGACCAGAACUGAAGCUAUUAGCCAAAAGAAAAGUUUUUGAAUUAUCAAAAUUUGAUUACUUGAACAGCUUAACAAAAGUUACAAAUAAUCAAUAUGUGAAUGAAGUACUUGAAAACUUUUUCAAAUUUCUUAAUUUAAAAUAUGAUCCACGUUAUCCACGGUUAUUGGAUUACCAUAGUUUCAAGGAUAAGAAAUCUAACCAGAAUCUUCUUGGUGAUAAUUAUCAAAUAUAUAUGAAUGUGUUGCUAAGAUUUAACAGUGAGAGAUAUCAAUUUAGACAGAUGAUUGAGGCUUGUCAAACUAACGAAGAGUUGACUAAUUUGAUUCGAUGCAACAGACUAAAUCAUAAACUGGUCUCCACCAGUAGCAGCUCUCCUUCUACAUCGACAGCCUCUCCACACAAUCUUGUCACUUCCAGUAUUGAUGAGUUCAUUAUCACAAAAGAGAACUGGGAUCUAAUAUUUAAUGAUAGUAAACCCCCUGAUAAUGAAAUUGGUCCUGACGAUUCAGAGAAAUCGGGAAUCUUAUUCACUUUAGGAGGACAGAAAAAACAAGGAUGGCAUAAGGAAUGGGUGGUUUUGAAGAAAGGUCAAUUAAUAGAGUAUGCUGAUUGGAGAAAAGGCAGAACUCCAAUAAAUAAACCAAUAGAAAUAGCUUUGGCAAAUGUAAAGGCAAUAACUCACGAUAAAAGGCAAUUCUGUUUUGAGGUAUUAACUUCCACGGGUUCAAAGCACGUGUUUCAAGCUUUUGAUAAUGAUGACCGUAAUAAAUGGGUGAAGGCAUUACACAAUGCUGGGCAAUUGAUUAAUACGAAAAGAUUGGAACAAGCUCAUGCCAAAUCGUUAUCGCAGGAGGGAAGAAAGAAAACUAUAGGCAAGCUAAUCACCGAGUUUAAGGAUAAACCUAUAAUUCCUGGGCAAGAUAGAUCAAUUUCACCUAUUUCCUUAACAUCAAAGGCACCACCAAUUGAAAAGGACUAUUUGCAAAUGGUCCGUUCUGCACCUGAUAGUGAUAAUAGUAUUUGUAUUGAUUGUGGCUCAGCGGAACUGGUAGAAUGGAUUUCAAUAAAUACUUUAACAUGCUUUUGUAUUAAUUGUGCUUCGUGUCAUCGAAAUAUAGGUUCACACAUCACCAGAAUAAGAUCCUUGAAAAUGGACAAGUUUGAGAAUGAAACUGAAUUGUUAUUGAAAUAUAUUAAUAAUCGGGUAGUAAACUCAUACUUGGAAGAAAACUUACCUUCAAAGGAAAAAAUCACUUGUGAUGUUGAUAAUGAAACCAGGUUGAAUUUUAUUAGAAACAAAUAUCAAUUGAAAAAAUACAAGUCUAUUAUUCCUGAUAUUGAUAACCUUUUAAUCAAAGCUAUACAAAAAAUCAAUGUCCCCGACGCAUUAAAAUAUAUUCUUUGUGGUGCUGAUAUCAAUUUGAAUAUUCAAAUAAACAUACCUAAUAGAAACGAAUAUUUGGUGAUUACGUUAUUUGAAUAUUCCUUGAGAAAAUAUAUUGAAAUCAAAGAGGAGCAUGAUCGUGAAUUAGGGUAUAAACCCAAAAAGUUGUUUAUUAUUUCGGAGUUGUUAAUUUUAAAUGGGUGUAAAGUUUCUCAACAUAUCAAAGAUUUGCAAAAGGAAGAUUUGGGGUUGACUGAUGCAGCAGUGGAAUACUGGAAAAUUCGGAGUUUGAAAUUAAGUGGAGGCAAAGCAAGUUAA